AUGAAGUCCCCCGUCCCCCAACGCCUCCAGCAAGUCCACGUCUUCCUCAACGACGGCGAAUAUGAACCGGUGGCAUCCUACGACGCCAAAAAUGCCACAUAUCUCCAAGAUCAGGAGGCUCUCCAAGAAAGCCUCGUGCAACUAUGCUCCGCCAAAACAUGGUACAAGGAUGCAAGAAUGGCCUGCUGUCCUCGGCCGGUUCUCUUUACCUCAGAGCAUCGGCGGAAAUGGAGUGAGCUGCAUGAAGCUCUCGUCCUGGCCAUAACUGACAUCGUUGAGAGAUGGUGGACGGACCCCGCGGCGCAUUUUCCGGAGCGUAUGCCUCUGGAGCCGGAAGAAGAAGAUCUACUCCGAUGGAUUGACAGUCAGGUUCCUGAUAAUCUUCCGUCUUACCGAGAAUGUCGGGGAUCGUGGAGACCGGACUUCCUGGUUGAAGAGGACAGCAGCGAAGGCGCGGAAAACUUUCGCAUCACCGAGAUCAACGCUCGUUUUCCCUUCAACGGGUGUAUGUUUGAGGCCUACGGACAGCAGGCACUGCAGGACAUCGGUGUCUGCGGCGGAAGUAAUGGCUUGGUGGGCGGCACGGAUCCUGCAAAGAUCCUUGAUGGCCUAUUAAGCCUCUUCCGGCCAGACCUUCCAGUGCACCUUCUCAAAGGCGAGGAAGCAGGCAUCGAUAUCCACAUGGUUGUUGAGUUUGUCCAGCGUCAUUCGGGCAUAACCCCUCGCUUUAUCUUGCCAGCUGAUUUGAGAUUACUGCCAGAUGCGCGGGCAAAGGGCGGGUAUAAACUUUGCUGUGUGGUCAAAAGUUCUGAUAAUGUGGCCGCGUCUUCUUCAUUGCUUUGCCACAACGGGGAGAUGCUGGAAGAAAUCCACCAGGUAGGUCUUGAACUACAUCAGCGAGAACUUUGUGCUCUGCAGCCGGAGAUGCUCCACCAAAUCAGUCUCCGGUGUUUCAACGACCUGCGCACGAUCCUCCUCGUUCAUGACAAGAGAAUGCUCGGAAUCGUCAAGCAAGAGAUUAAAGACCUAGUAGCCAGAAAGGUCCUCACAUCCAUGCAGGCUAAGGCCCUCGACAAAGGCAUUGCGGACACGAUUCUCCCCGGCUCAUUGGAGCUGCAGGAGUUGAUCAGACACUGCAAGGAGUCACCGGACCAUAAAGACGAAUACAUCCUCAAGCCCGUCCGGAGUGGGAAAGGCGAUGGUAUUGUAUUCGGGGAGGAACUGAGCUCGUCGGAGUGGAUAUCGAGAUUGCAGCAUUUGAGAGCCACCCAAUUGUCUGCGGCUCAUGGUGGCACCUGUAUUGUUCAACGCAGGGUUAAGCAGCUUCUGUACGAUGUGAUAUUGCGACCGACGGGCCUGAAGACACGGUAUCCCCUCAUCGGAACCUACCACUCCAUCAAUGGGGAGUUUCUUGGGCUUGGGCUUUGGCGCAGUAGUCCGGACCAGAUCUGCGCCAUCAGCCAUGGGGGUGCAUGGAUGUGCUCUGUUACGCGUGGCGAUUGUGACUAG